AUGUUUGAUUUGUAUUUAUUUAUACUUACUGAUGAUUACAGAAUUGCUGAGGAACUCAUGUUUUGUCUACCUGUUGAUCAACAAAAUUAUAUACAUUAUAUAUUAUGUAUGCUGGGCAAAAUGCAAAUUUCAAAUUCCAAGUCAGAAAUGGUGCUUAUCGGCGCUAACGAUGCAGAAGGAAGCUCCGGCGAACUCGCCGGAGCACGGCUUGAUAUUUUGAAUCCCAUACUCGGCCUGGCCAAGUCGAUGUCUCUUCGCUGCGCGGUUCAGCUCCGAAUCCCCGACAUCGUCCACCGGCACGGCGAACCGGCGCCGCUCCGGCAUCUCGCCGCCGCCCUCGGCAUCCACAGUGUCAAUAAGGUUCGCUGUCUUCACCUCCUGCUGCGAAUUUUAACCCAGUCCGGAUACUUAACGGAGGUCCGAAUCUCCCCGGCGGCCGGCGGGGAUGAGGAAGAAGAUAAAGUGGGAUACUUGCUUACUCCGUCGUCCCGUAUUCUCCUCGCCGGCGACCGUUUCAGCCAAGCUCCAUUCGUGCUGUCCUUUCUCAGUCCGGUUCUGAUGAAUCCAUGGGAGUCUUUGAGCAGAUGGCUGGAGGACGACGAGGCGUCGGCGGCGACGGCGACGCCGUUUGACAUGGCCAACGGGAGGAGCAGGUGGGACGGGGAAAGCAGCAGCGAGCAGGCGGCGGCGGCGGCGUUUGACCUCCUGUUUAAGGAGGCGAUGGCGAGCGACGCGCGGCUGGUGGGUGAUGUUCUUGUUAGGGAUCGGAGAGGAUUGUUGGAAGGGUUGGAGUCGAUGGUGGAUGUCGGAGGAAGCACCGGAGAGCUGGCCAAGGCAAUUGCGGCGGCUUUCCCGGAGAUGCGCUGCACAGUUCUUGAUCUUCCGCACGUCGUCGGUGGCUUGGUAGGGAGCGGAAACCUGAAUUUUGUCGCCGGAGAUAUGUUUGAGUUUAUUCCUCCGGCGAGUGCAGUUUUGAUGAAGUGGAUAUUACAUUGCUGGAACGACGGUGAAAGUCUCAAAAUCCUAAAAAAAUGCAAAGAAGCAAUCCGAGGCCAUGGGAAAGGAGAAAAGGUGAUGAUCAUCGAGACGGUGGUUGACGAAAGCAGUGCCAAUCAAAACCAAAGGGCGUAUGAAACUCAACUUUUCUUCGACAUGGAGGAUUUAGUUCUCGUCCCUGGAAGAGAAAGGACCCAAAAAGAGUGGGCAAAACUAUUCCUUGAUGCUGGAUUCAGUGGCUACAAAAUCUUUCCAAUAUUGGGAUUUCGAUGUCUUAUUGAGGUAUAUCCAUGAUGGGUCAUACAGAAUUUGAGAGUUUUAAGCAAAAUUUAAGUUCGAAUAAGUCCACAAGAAUGGUGAGAAUCUUGUUUCUUGGGCAAAGAUUCUUUCUUUUCAGUUUCAACAUUUGUCUUUAAUGCCGAUUGAAUCAUUCUUGUAAUUGAAUUUUGGGCAAUUGAACUUCAAUCACCUCUUGUUGUCGUGGCAUUCGACAAUGGAUUAUGUACACGGUAAGUAUUCUUUCAGCAGCUUCACUGAAACAAACAAUAAAUGGGAAUGCUGAAAAGAAAAUUGGGAAGAAAAAGAGGAUUCACAAAAACGAAGAAAUUAGAAAUGGCAAAAAGAGACAAGGCAAGGGCAAGGAUGAGACAGCGGUAAAAACAAGAGGCGCCUACAAUUUAAGAAGACAAGGCAGAGGAAAUUAUGGCCUUUAGUUUUACCCAAGUUUUAACCUUUUCGCUUUGUCCACAUCUCUCUCUCUCCCACACCCUUUCCUGUUCCUCGUGAUUCGUGUUGCCCGCGCGUUCUCUCUCUGUCUCUCUCUCUUCUCUGAGACACACACCCCAAUUACAUUACAGAUAGGAGUGAGUUUCCAUGAGUAAGAGCUGUUUGUCUGGCGCUCUGUCUCUCCCUGUGUCCAAAGGGGAAUAAAAAGUGUAUUUAGACUGUGUCUCACCCAGAAAAUCCUUUUGAACGAAUACUGUGUAUGUGAAUCUGUAUGUGUUCAUACUCCUGCUGCAAUUUACACUGCCAUCUCCACCCCUACCCCCACCCCAACCCCCUUUGGCUAAUUUGGGUUCUCUGAAAGCAAGCUUCUGUCCAUGGCUGUGACAUUACUUGUUCAACUAUAUUUUCUGGGAACAUUGGGUUUUCUUCCUAAAGGUGUCGAAAUGGCUGUGCUGCUUCAUACUCAAGAGUUUGGAGCUUUUCAACGCUUACAUGGAUAGUAUGCCUCCGUAGGGAAAGAUCGAUGUAGAUUGAUAAAUAUAUCUUCAUUGACUCAAGUAGGGAAUGAAGCCAUUGGUCCGCGAAGCAUUUUAGCUAAUGUAACAUAUCAUCGUCGAGAAAUCUUAUAACAAGAUCCACAUGAUAACAGUUUUGCAUAUUCGGGUGCUCUAAAAUUUGAAAUUAUUCCAAUGUUUCAAAUUAGCUCGAUCCAUCGCAUGCAUGGAUACGUGCAGGUAGAAAGAAGUCUAUUUUUUCAUUGCCCAUUAACCAUAUGAUAGCCACAUAGAAUUCAUCUAAGCUAUAAAGUUAUCAGGGUUUGUAUAAGCCAUUUGCUUGGUCGGAAAUGAUUACAAAGAUAUUACAAUUGUGGAUGAA